UGCACUUCCUUAUUCGGGUGGGGAGGUGAGUUUUGUAAUCAAGCUGCUUAAUAAAGGUAGAGCAAGAAGACCAGCCUGGUUAGAGCUUCCACGUCUCCCCAGGGAAAGUGGACCUCUUGAUCCAGAGGCAGAUCCACAAUGAAGCCACUGGCUCUUCUGUUGCUGCUCUGGGCUGUCUCCUCAAAAGGACAACCUUCGUGCAGCAACAACUGCGUCAACACGGCCAAAGAAGAUGUCCUCAAGUUGCUGCAGAAAUGGGAAUCAGCUUCCUCCUGCGUUCCCAACCAGCCAGGCCAGCCCCUGAAGCUCUUCCGGAGUUGCCAAGAGAUCAGGGACUCGGUUCAAAAGGCUACUGAUGGACUGUAUUUCCUGAUCACUGAAGAUGGCGAGAUCUACCAGACCUUCUGUGACAUGUCCACCAAUGGAGGAGGCUGGACCUUGGUGGCCAGUGUACAUGAAAACAACAUCUUUGGGAAAUGCACCGUUGGGGACCGCUGGUCCAGCCAGCAAGGCAGCAGCGCCAACUACCCCAAAGGAGAUGGAAACUGGUCCAACAACUCCACCUUUGGGUCAGCCAUAGCAGCAACCAGCGACGACUACAAGAAUCCAGGCUACUAUGCUCUUGCCGCACGGGAUCUCUCCAUAUGGCACGUCCCCAACAACAGCCCCAUGAAGAAAUGGCGGGAGGCUUCCAUCUUGAGAUACCACACGGAGUCAGGCUUCUUGGCUGAGGAAGGGGGCAACCUUCUCUGGCUCUAUCAGAAAUACCCUGUGAAAUAUGGUGCUGGUACCUGCCUAACCGAUAAUGGCCCUGCUUUCCCUGUCGUUUAUGAUUUGGGGGAUGCCCAGAAGACUUCAGAAUACUAUUCUCCCCAUGGACGGGGUGAAUUUACCGCCGGCUUCAUCCAGUUCCGCGUGCUUAAUAAUGAAAACGCAGCUAUGGCUCUAUGCUCUGGAGUUAAAGUCACAGGAUGCAACACAGAACAUCACUGCAUUGGGGGCGGCGGCUUUUUCCCCGAAGGAUCCCCACGUCAGUGUGGUGACUUCACAGGCUUUGACUGGGACGGCUACGGGACUCACAGCGGCUGGAGCGUUUCUAAAGCCAUGGUGGACUCCACGGUCUUCAUCUUCUACCGCUGAUCCAGAGCCAGGAGGGUGAAUCAGAAGCCUCCACGCACUGCUGUCGCCUGAGAUGGAGGCCCCUUUCCUGGGGUAGAGAAAUCUCCCGCAAUACGCAAUACUACAAGGCUACACAACAAAAAUAAAAGCACCACGUUAAAGUUUG